GGGUUAACCUUAAAAGUUCAUACAUAUACACAAUAUGAAAAAUUAAAAAUAUUAAUAUUUAUAAUCCACUUUGAUUUUUAGCAUAGUUAUUAAAAUUUUAUCAAAAUGACGGAAAGAGAAGAAGAAGGUCCCAAAAGACUUAUAACGGACGAUAGUUGCUACACGAACAAAAAACUUUGCAUUGAUAUGGAAGAAAUGAACGGUAUAGUAAAUCGUUCUGAAGAUAAUAGUUCUGACAAUACAUCGAAAACUUCUAUUGAUAAUUGUGAAGAAAAACCAGAACUUUUCAAUGGUGUGGAAAUUUCCAAAUUAACUAAAAGACAACAAAAAAAGUAUAAUAAAAUGUUGAAAUGGCAAGAGGUGAAAAAGGAAAAAAGGGCUAAGGAAAGAUUGAAGUUGAAAGAAAAAAAAGUUCAUGCUAAGUUAAACAAUAUUGAUUUAGGACCCAGUAGAAAAGAACUUAAACGAAUGAAAAUGGCGAAUAGUCCCUGUAAAAUAAGUAUCUGUUUAGACCUCAGUUUCGAUGAUUUAAUGAUAGAUAAGGAUAUGGCCAAAACAAUAAAGCAAAUUUUAAGGGUUUAUACAGAGAACAGAAGGGCUAAAGAACCUAUGCAAUUGCAUCUUACCAGUUUUAAUGGCAGAAGUAAAAAUGAAAUGAGCAAGCAUCAUGGUUAUGAAAAUUGGGAUAUAAAUUUUCAUUGUGAGGACUAUAUGAAUGUUUUUCCAAAAGAUAAACUUGUAUAUCUUACAAGUGAAAGUGAUAAUAUAAUCAAUAAAUUAGAGUCAGAUAAGGUAUAUAUUAUUGGCGGUCUUGUGGAUCAUAAUUUUCACAAAGGAGUAUGUUACAAAAAAGCUUUAGAACAAGGAAUAGCUCAUGGACAGUUGCCCAUAAGUGAAUAUUUUUGGAUGAAACAUCGUAAAGUAUUCACAAUUAACCAAGUCUUUGAAAUUUUAUUGAGAGUAAGUGAAGGUAGGAAUUUCAAAGAAGCAUUUGAAAUGAUCUUGCCUAAAAGAAUAAACAUGCAGCCCUCAACUAAAACCAAUUCAGAAUUAGAAGAAAGUGAAGUACCAAGUGAAUCAAGUUAAUUGAUAUUUCUUGAUUUGUACAUUGUUGAUUUUAAUGGAUAUAAUAAAUAUAUUUUUAUUGUUCUGAAA